CUUGUCUUCCGCUCUCAUCCCUCGAGUUCAGCAACGCCGACUAAAGCUGUCCGCUUCCCGACCGUGCUGAGGUGUGGCUGAAGCCCCUCACGACAACAAUGGAUCCCAGUGGAGCAAGUAAGAGUUCUGGAACAGGCAAGAGAUCCUCCAGUCCCUCAUCUGGGACCAUGGGUGCUAAAGGUGCACCAGCACAGAGUUCGCAAAGGCCCAGGGUAAAGAUAACCCCCUUCCACAGCUCCCCCAUACUCAGCAGUGAUGGAGCUCUCCGCAGCAAACGUACAGGCUUUUUUCUUGGCACACCUGGUCACAUGCCUGCUCCACCUGCCAAAGAGAGACUGUCUGGUGCCAGUGCUGCUGGGAUAUCUCCCAGUUCAGGUUCUACAGUGUCAAGUGGAGAGAAAGGAAAACCAUGUCCUCCUGUUGUUAAGCCUGCAGGUAAGAAGACACCAAAAUCAAAUGCGACAAAGCCACAGAAGUCUGGGCCACCUUCAAAACCAGAGCCCAAGCCUAGCAAGAAAAAAGACAAAAUACCUACAUCCAGCUCCACUAAACCUCAGUCAGCUGCGAAAAAGAGGAAGAGGAAGAUGGGACUGUACAACCUGGUUCCCAAAAAGAAAGCAAAGUCCCUCAAACAGCAGGAAAAGAAGGAGGAUUUAGUUGACAAUCAGGCACAGAAUGGAGCUGCCGCUGAAGAAAAAAUUGUAAAAUCACCAGAGACUUCAAAUGUCAUCAGAACUGAUUCCCUGGUGGAGGAGGAACUUGGAGCUGGCAGUCAUGUUGAAUACACAGAGCUUGCUUUGGACUGUCUGGACCUGAAAGCUCAGGAGGAGCUGCUCUCACCUUCGCUGUCAGGUGUAUCAUCUGGGGCUGAGGUGACAGAAACAGAACUGGCGGAGGAGUUACCUCUCUGCUGCUGUCGUAUGGAGACCCCUCAUACUGGAGGCAGUCUGUCCACACCUGAUCAGACGUGUAUGGCCAUGGAGAGCAUCGACGAGAUGCUGAUUCGAUGUCAGAGGAGAGUGAUGAAACAGGAAAUGAUGCGUCCCUCAAACACGGUCCACCUGAUGAUUCUGUGUGAGGACCACCGGGCCGGUAUGGUCAAGCACCAGUGCUGCCCUGGCUGCGGACUUUUCUGUAGGACUGGCACCUUCAUGGAGUGCAGGCCGUAUGGCAGCAUCUCCCACCGCUUCCACCAUGACUGUGCCUCCAUCUUAAAGAAUCUGAAGUUCUGCCCUCACUGCGGAGAGGAUGCUAGUGGAGCGAAGGAAGUCACAAUACCAAAGGCUGAUCCUUCUCCCUCAGUACCCAGAUCACACCCUGGACCUUCACUUCCUGCUGUGCCCACUGUGGCUACUCUGCCAUCAGUAUCAAACACUCCGGCUGUUCCACAAGUGCUCAGAGCGAAGAAGACCGUUGAGCCACCAAGAGGCAAAGACAACAGCCCGAGCAGGUUAAAGAGCGAGGCUGUGUGUGCUGCAGAUAAACUACCUAAAGAGUCUCUGGAGAGCAUCCUGAUGGCACUGGAUGAUGAGAACCUGAAACCAAAGAAAGUGAAGUACCCAGCAAGGCAGCUGUACAUCUCUGCAAAACAAGGAGAGCUCAAGAAGGUCAUUCAUCUUUUAGUUGAUGGCAGAGACCCCAACAUAAUGAUGGAGGGCCAAAACAAAUGCACACCUCUGUAUGCAGCAGCUGCUGAGGGUCAUCAAGAGAUCUGCCACAUGUUGGUCCAGGCUGGAGCCAACCUGGACAUGUUUGACGAGGAGCAGAAGACCCCUCUGAUGGCUGCCUGUGAAAACAACCACCUGGACACGGUGAAGUACCUGCUGAGAGCCGGAGCGUCUGUCAGCCACAAAGAUAUCAUGGGUUUCACCUGUCUGCAUCUGGCUGCUAAACUGGGACAUUAUGACAUACUCCAUCUUCUGCUCUCCAAGGCAUCCAAAUACAUCAACAGUCAGGACGACGGGGGAUGGACUCCCAUCACCUGGGCCAUCGAGUACAAGCACAAAGAGCUGGUCCACCUGCUGCUGAGCAAAGGAGCUGACGUUAACAUGAGAGACAAGGAGGAGAACGUGUGCCUUCACUGGGCCGCUCUGUCGGGCUGUGAUGACGUUGCUCAGGCUCUUCUGGAGGCUCGGUGUGACCUCAGUGCUAUCAACAUUCACGGUGACUCACCGCUUCACGUCGCAGCCAGAGAGAACCACCUGGAGUGUGUGAUGUUGUUUCUGUCUCGAGGAGCUGACGUCAACCAGAGGAACAAGGAAGGGGAGAUGCCACUGGACUGCUGCAUCCAUGGCUCCAAAGUGUGGACAGCCCUUAACGCCAACAAGAAGCUGACAGACGCACGGAGAGGACGGGACUGUCAGGGGGAGAGAGUGCUCAGCAGGGACAUUUCACGGGGUUAUGAAGCCAUCCCAAUCACCUGUGUCAAUGGUGUGGACAGCGAACCGUGUCCUGAAAACUUCAAAUACAUCCCAGACAGCUGUGUCACGUCCCCACUGAACAUAGACAAAGACAUCACUCACUUACAGCACUGUGGCUGUACAGAUGACUGCUCCUCCAGUACCUGUGUUUGUGGUCAGCUCAGUCUACGGUGUUGGUAUGACAGUGAGGGUCGACUCCCCCUGGACUUCUGUCAGCGUGAGCCCCCGUCCCUGUUCGAAUGUAACCACGCCUGCUCCUGCUGGAGGACUUGCAGGAACCGAGUGGUCCAGAACGGGCUGAGGGUCCGGCUGCAGCUAUUCAGGACUCCAAAGAUGGGCUGGGGAGUCCGAGCACUGCAGGACAUCCCUCAGGGAACAUUUAUAUGCGAGUAUGUUGGAGAGAUCAUCACUGAUGCAGAGGCAGAUAAGAGGGAGAACGACUCUUUUCUCUUCACCCUGGACAACAAGGUAGGCGAUGUUCACUGUAUUGAUGCAAGGCUCUUUGGGAACAUAGGCCGCUUCAUCAACCACCUAUGCGAGCCAAACCUGCUGGCUGUGAGAGUGUUCACCAUGCACCAGGAUCUACGCUUCCCCAGAAUAGCCUUCUUCUCCAGCAAAUCCAUCAAAGCUGGAGACCAGAUUGGGUUUGAUUAUGGUGAUCACUACUGGAGGGUAAAGAGUAAAUUCUUCAGCUGCCACUGUGGAUCUCUAAAAUGUCGCCACUUGGCUGCCAGCAGAUAGAAACUACCAGAAAACCAUGGAUCACUCAGCUUUCUGUCCACUUACAUUUUACUGCUGUGACGUCUCUAAUGUCAGAAUCACUGCCUGUGAUGAGGUAAUCAUCAAUGAGAUGGUUAUUUGUACACAAACACAAUUACUUUCCAUAAAGAGACGGAUAGUUUUCCACUAGACAAAAAUCCUGUGUUUUAAGAUUAAAAUAUCUAAACAGAUUAUUUUAACAAUCAUGGACUCAACCUUUAGUACUGCAGAAGUUAUAUUUGUAGAAUUAUGAAGUAAUGCGUUUGGUAGACUGACUUUAUAUGAGCCUGCUUUUUACUACAUGUUUGAUGAGUUAUUAAACACAUUUUAAAACCUCA